AUGUCAGCCCCAAGCACGUGUACAAGUUGUCAUUCUUAUUGUGCAACAUGUUUUAACACUUCAUCAACUGGAUGUUACACAUGUAGAACAAAUUAUUAUUUAUCUGGGCCAUAUACAUGUUCUUCUUGUUCAUCGUCGUGCGCAACUUGUUUUAAUUCAUCAAGGACUGGAUGUUACAGUUGUAGACAGGGAUAUUAUUUAACAGGAAACUCAACAUGCAACUCGUGUUCGUAUCCAUGUGGAGCAUGUUUUAAUGGGUUAAGUUCGGGAUGUUAUUAUUGUAAAUCAGGAUACUAUCUGAUUGGAAACUCAACAUGUGCCAAUUGCUAUGUUGGUUGUUCUGAAUGUUAUGGGGGUUCAAACGCGGCUUGUUAUGGUUGUAAUUAUGGUUUUUAUUAUGUAUAUUACGAUACAUGUCUCCAAUGUCCAUUUCCUUGUGUCACUUGUAUGGAUUCAACAACAUGUUUAACAUGUGCUGAAUCAUAUUUCUUGUUGGGUUCAGAAUGUUUAAAAUGUGAUGAUUCUUGUUAUUCAUGUGCUGGGACGUACCCAAACAAUUGUUUAACUUGUCGUUAUUAUUAUUAUUACUUGUCUAAUGGGUAUUGCCUUAAAUGUGAUUCCACUUGUUUAAGAUGUAAUGGAUCAAACUCAAACAAUUGUUUAUCAUGUAUUUCUGGAUAUUCCUUGUUAAAUGGGUAUUGCAUCAAAUGUGACUCUUCUUGUAGAACAUGUAAUGGAAUUAAUGCAAACAAUUGUUUGACAUGUCCAAGUUAUUAUUAUUAUUUAAGUGGAUCUUGUUUUAAAUGCAGUUCAAAUUGCAGUACUUGUAAUGGAGUAAAUGAAAACAAUUGCCUAACAUGCAAAAUAUAUUUUUAUUUAACAAAUGGAUAUUGUCAACCUUGUGACUCGAGUUGUAAUAAAUGUAAUGGGGCAGCUGCAAACAAUUGUUUGUCGUGUAAAACUGGGUAUUAUUUAUCAAAUGGAUAUUGUUUUAAAUGUAACAGUAAUUGUAAUGCAUGUGUUGGAACAAGUACAAAUUGCACUAGUUGUAAUUAUAAUUUUUAUCUUUCAAAUAACGUAUGUUAUGAGUGUCAUUCGGAGUGUGGUGGGUGUAAUGGCCCGGAACGAACAAAUUGUACUUGGUGUGGUGAAGGGUUUUAUCUUGACAGUUUUCAUGGGAAAUAUAAUAACACAUGUCAACCAUGUGCAAAUGGUGUCUAA